AUGCCUCCAAGAAAGAAGACCAGAAGCAACAACAUGACUUCCCAGGAUGGGCCAAGCCAUGCUGACUCAGAGUCAAGGCAACAUGCCUCUUAUAGGGAAGAAGAAUGUGCAAGUGAGGGAACUUUUACCCUCACAGAUCUUGUUGCAGCCAUUCGUGCUAUGGGUGAGACCCAGAGGGAGAUGGCAUAG